AUGAUAGAAUCCACUGCAGCCAAGGACAACCCGCAAAUCUCAUGGUGUGGUUUCGGCGGCGGCGACCAUGUCAGCCCUACACAAGUCCUCGACGAGGCUGCCGUAGAGGAAGUUGACGAUGAUUACUGGGACGUUGACUCGGACACGGAUACACCUGGAGCGCUUAAUGAAGAGGCAAUGGUCUUGAGUCGAGACUUCAGUCUCAUGCGGAAAAUGCAGUUCCAGCAUACGAACGAACUGUCGGUACGACGAUACGAUGCCUUCAUCUACGAAGGCGUUCUAGCGUCCUACAAGGCGGAGCAAGUUGCGAACCCGCUGAAGAACCCAAAAACCGCAAGAGUGUUUGCGCACUUCAUUCAUGUUACUGCACCGGUGAGUAGUCCGAACUCAUCACUCCACCUGGCUAUCAUUGAUGUGUUUCAGUCACUUUCCAUCUACGAGCGAAAUCCUCGAAACCCUACGUCGUUAUUCGAAGGACCGACUCCACCGUCACAGCAGAAUCUCUGGACCUACAUUCUGCCUCUAAAAGCUCUGAACCAUCAGGGAUUGCUACACGCCAUGCUGGCGCUGGCGAGCUUACACAUCGCAAAACUACAACGAGCUUCGGUGACUCCUUCUUACAAGCAUUAUGCGUAUGCAUUAAAACGCCUGGGCCGAUCUCUGGCCAACCCCAAACGACGACAUACGAUUGCUACGGUCGCAACAAGUCUUCUGCUAGCCUUUUACGAAGUCAUGACCGCUGAGCACGUCAAAUGGUCGACUCAUCUGGUUGGAGCUGCACAGCUGCUAGCCGAGCUGGAUUUCCCAUCACUUACUCGAGAAGCGCGACGUCUGAAAGCGGUGCAGGAGGCCCAAGAAUCAAGAUUUCUUGCCCACCUUGGAAAUCGAGGAACGACCCCGAUGAUAGAUACGAUGAUGCCCGACGAGGGCAUGGUGAGCGCAAUAAUUGGUAAGAAGGUUAGUUACGAGGAUUUUGGUAGGGUGCUAGAGGCUGGAGACGACGGCCAGGAGAAAAGGUCUCCUUUGCCAGGGAAACUGGACAUCAAGACUUUUGAAACGCUGCAGGAUCUUCAAUGGUUCUAUAUGCGCCAUGACGCUUUUCAGAGCAUGGUGAGCGGCAAUUCUUUAAUAACACCUUUUCGCAAAUGGUCAAACUGCCCUCCUCGCGCACCGCUCGGCCGAUCAGACGCUAUCUACGGCACACAUGACCAUAUCGUUCUCCUCAUCGCCCGCAUAUCCGACUUCGCCGUACGAGAUCGUGACAGGAAGCUCAAACAAGUGGAGGCAAAUGGUGGGCAGUGGAGGCCAAGCUCCAACAUGCCUGGAGGGACGCCGAUGGGGCCACCGUCUGCUCCAGCAGGACGCCCAGAGCCUCCAAAGUCUAUAUCAACAUCAAUGGGGCCACCCCGACAUCUGCAUGACAAGGGACCUCAUAGCUCUACGCCCGUGCCGGACCAGCGACAAGCACCAGGACCACAGCAAGGACAAGCUACACGUGGGCCGCCAUCUAUGCCAACAUUCUAUGGCAUGGCUCCUACUGGCGGUCCGUCCCCGCUUCCAAAAAGCUAUGCCGCACCCGAAGGCUAUACUUACGAACGAUCUCCCAAAACUCCAAACACACCCCAUCCGAAAUUUGCAGAUCUUCCCGCUGCUCUCUCAGCAGCGGAGGAAGAAUGGCAGAAUAUGUCUCGUGCCUAUGCUACAAUCGCAAGUAGCCUGGCCAACAAAGAGGCUUUCGCACCACUCAGCGAAGACCUCUACCCUGUUGCACCUGGUGGUAAUGGUACCCCCUUUGGACCAGCUCUCGUUCACCGUAGCUAUGAUAUCAGCACGCUAUGGACAAUGCUACACCUCUCCAAGAUCCUGCUCGUCCGCUCGCAUCCCGCCAUGCCUCCUGCUGCGACAAUUGCAGCAGGUGUCGCCGCAGCAACGACCAAACCGUACGCAAUGCUCAUCGGCCGCAUCUCUGCAGGUAUGCAAGUGCCCCCCAGUGAUGACAUUCCCCUAAGUCCAUUCCUCGGUGCGGCCUUGAUCGAGGCUACAAUGGCACUCUUCUUUGCAGGUGUGCAAUAUCAGGAACCUCCCCAGCGCGCUUGGCUCAUCAAACGUCUACUCGAUAUCGAUCGUCGUACAGGUUGGGCAUCAGCUGCUGUUAUUGCGCGAGCAUGCGAAACAUCCUGGGAAAGAGCUGCGGAGCUAGGAAGGGGGCCGCCAUACCUAGGUAGAAAGACCCGUCCGCAUGGUGAAGACGGACCAAUAGUACUGGAUGGUGGUGAUGAAGGAGGCUGGGGCGGUGGCGGCGUCGUAAGGGGCAAGGCGUUUGUGGUACCUAACGACAACGCGAGGUACACGGCGGUGCGUAACGUUAGAGUGCCGUGGGCAAAGAAUAUUUUGGCGAGCGAAGAGGAAUUGAGAGCGGAUAUGGAGAGGGUGAAGCUGAAGAGCCGUGAAGGGUAG